UGCCUUGCCUUGCCUUGCCUGUGCCUCUGCCUCCUCCCGCCCCGCACCGGGACGCCGCUUCCCAUCUCCUCCUCCCUGCACUCGAAACGCGUCCAAACCCUAACCCUAAACCGCUCCCCACCCCAACAACCUCCGCCCAAUCUUCCCCACCCCACUCACCACCUGGCUGCCCCCUCCCGAUUCGCCACGCUGGCCGGAUUCGAUCCAUGUAUGUGACCAAGCUCCCCGACCUCACCUCGUCAUGGCUGCCGGCUGAGGGGGAUAAGCAGGAGACACACCCAGCGUCCAUGGCAUUGGGAGAUCUCAUGGCGUCCAGGCUCGUCCACUACUCGUCCUCGCCGUCCCCAUCGCCGUCGCCAUCGAUGGCCGCGCCCACGCCGCCGCUGCCGAAUCACCACCACAACCACGUCACGGAUGACCUCCCCGUCGCCAACGGUCCGGAGCCCAGGAAUGGGCUGGAGGUCGCCGAGGUGGAGAAGCCGGCGCCCGUGGUGUACCUGCCCCAGGUGGUGGUGGUGCUGUGCGAGCAGCGCCACGAGGGGAUCGACGAGGCUGCUGCCGCCGCCGGGCCCUCCACCAGCGGCCUCGUCUCAAAGUGGCGCCCAAAGGACCGGAUGAAGACUGGAUGUGUUGCCCUUGUAUUAUGUUUGAACAUUAGUGUUGAUCCACCAGAUGUAAUUAAAAUCUCCCCUUGCGCAAGAAUGGAGUGCUGGAUAGAUCCAUUUUCUAUGGCACCUCCUAAGGCCCUUGAAAAUAUUGGAAAAACUUUGCACUCACAGUAUGAGCGCUGGCAACCUAAGGCUCGUUACAAGCUUCAGCUAGAUCCAACUGUGGAGGAAGUUAAGAAGCUUUGUAAUACUUGCCGCAGAUAUGCCAGAUCAGAGAGAGUCCUUUUCCAUUACAAUGGCCAUGGUGUACCAAAGCCUACAACUAAUGGUGAGAUUUGGGUGUUUAACAAGAGUUACACGCAGUAUAUUCCACUUCCGAUUACUGAUCUUGAUUCUUGGCUAAAAACACCUUCCAUUUAUGUUUUUGACUGCUCAGCAGCUGGAAUUAUUGUGAAAGCUUUUCUAGAGCGCCUAGACUGGAGUUCCAGCUCCUCUUCGUCUUCGCAGAAGGAUUGCAUUCUUCUUGCUGCCUGCGAAGCACAUCAAACACUUCCCCAGAGUGCAGAAUUUCCUGCUGAUGUGUUUACGGCUUGCCUUACAACACCCAUCAAGAUGGCAUUGCACUGGUUUUGUAAGAGAUCAUUACUCCGUGGUUCUAUGGAUCAUUCUCUUAUUGACCAAAUUCCUGGAAGGCAAAAUGACCGUAAAACUCUUCUUGGAGAACUGAAUUGGAUUUUCACUGCCAUUACAGACACUAUUGCAUGGAAUGUUCUUCCUCAUGAUCUAUUCCAAAGGCUUUUCAGGCAAGAUCUUCUGGUUGCUAGUCUCUUCCGUAACUUCCUGCUUGCUGAGAGAAUCAUGCGAUCCGCAAAUUGUUCUCCAAUUUCUUAUCCGUUGUUACCACCGACACAUCAACACCAUAUGUGGGACGCAUGGGACAUGGCUGCUGAGAUUUGCCUUUCCAAGCUUCCUCAGUUAAUUGCUGAUCCAAAUGCAGAGUUUCAGCCAAGCCCUUUUUUCACGGAACAACUGACGGCUUUUGAAGUGUGGCUUGAUCAUGGUUCUGAGGACAAGAAGCCCCCAGAACAAUUACCUAUAGUUCUUCAGGUCCUGCUUAGUCAAUCACAUAGAUUCAGAGCGCUUGUUUUGCUUGGAAGAUUUCUUGACAUGGGACCAUGGGCAGUUGAUUUGGCCCUGUCUGUUGGAAUCUUUCCUUAUGUGCUCAAACUGCUUCAAACAAGUGCAAUGGAGUUGCGUCAAAUUCUUGUGUUCAUAUGGACGAAAAUUCUAUCUCUUGAUAAGUCGUGCCAGGUGGACUUGGUUAAAGACGGAGGACAUGCAUAUUUUAUCAGGUUUCUUGACAGUUUGGAUGCUUACCCAGAUCAGCGUGCAAUGGCCGCUUUCGUUUUAGCAGUUAUUGUGGAUGGGCAUAGGACGGGUCAAGAGGCCUGUAUUCAUGCAUGUCUUAUAGAUGUUUGUCUGAGACAUCUGCAACCUGAAAAUCCCCAUGAUGCACAGGCAGAGCCUUUGCUUUUGCAGUGGCUUUGUUUAUGCCUUGGCAAACUCUGGGAAGAUUUUGCUGAGGCUCAGUUACUUGGUCUGCAAUCAAAUGCACCAGAAAUUUUAAUUUAUUUGUUAUCGGAGCCCCAACCUGAGGUCAGAGCUUCUGCUGUUUUUGCACUUGGGAAUCUUCUGGAUAUGGGAUCAACAUCAUCAAAUGGCGCCGAUGAUGAUUCUGAUGAUGAUGAAAAAGUAAAAGCUGAAAUAAAUGUCGUUCGAAGCCUUCUGCAGGUUUCUUCAGAUGGUAGCCCCCUUGUUAGAUGUGAGGUUGCUAUAGCGCUUACUCGUUUUGCAUUGGGUCACAAUAAGCAUCUCAAAUCUGUUGCUGCUGAGUAUUGGAAACCUCAAACCAAUUCAUUGCUGAAGUCACCUCCAUCACUGGCCAAUAUAAGUAGUCCAAACAAUGUCUACAGUCCCAACAACAUUCGACAAGGCAGCAGUGGUCUUGCUUCUCAUAUUGGUCCUGUGCUAAGGGUUGGCAGUGAUAGCAGUGCCACUGGUCGUGAUGGAAGGGUUUCUACGAGCAGCCCGAUUGCGACAAGUAGCAUCCUGCAUGGCUCUCCCCAGUCAGAUGAUUCUUCCCAACACUCUGAUUCAGGCAUAUUACUGAGAGACAAUGCAAGUAAUGGUGGCCUCAGCUACACUAGAUCGAGGCCUGCUGACAGUGUCAUUUAUUCUCAAUAUAUAUCAACUAUGUGUUCUGUUGCUAAAGAUCCUUACCCAAGAAUUGCAACUAUUGGUCGGAGAGCACUGUCCCUUAUAGGUGUCGAGCAAGUGGUCAUGAAAAACAGUAGAUUUAACAGUGGAGGUGCACAUCAAGGGGAGACAUCUGCACCUCCAUCAAACUUUGGAAUGGCACGCUCUUCUUCCUGGUUUGAUAUGAAUUCUGGAAACUUCUCAAUUGCAUUUAGGACGCCUCCUGUUAGCCCCCCUCAACAUGAUUAUCUUACAGGAUUACGCCGAGUGUGUUCUAUGGAGUUCAAACCACAUCCUAUGAAUUCUCCUGAGGGCUUAGCUGAUCCCCUUUUGAGCUCUGCUGCGGCUCCCAGUAAUGCUGAUCUAAGCAUACUUCCCAAAUCAACAAUUUACAACUGGAGUUGUGGAUACUUCUCUAGGCCACUUUUAACUGGUUCUGACGAUAAUGAAGAAGCCCAUGCUAGAAGAGAAGAGAGAGGACAAAUUACACUAGAUUGCAUUGCUAAGUGCCAGAGAUCAUGUACGUGGCCUACAUUAGUCCGCAUUACAUUAUUUUUGUUGAUAUUCUUGCUUAUUUACCUGUUUUUAUUAUUAUUGUGGGGCCUGGGAAUAGCAGCUUGCAAGAUGACAAGCCAAAUUGCUAGUUGGGAUACAAGGUUUGAUUCAGGUACAAAAGCAGCAUUAUUGUUGCCAUUUUCUCCAAUCGUCAUUGCAGCUGAUGAAAAUGAACAAAUAAGAGUGUGGAACUACGAUGAUGCACUACCCGUGAACUCUUUUCAAAACCAUAAAUUGUCCGACAGAGGGCUAUCGAAACUCUUGCUUAUCAACGAGCUUGAUGAGAGCUUGCUUUUAGCUGCCUCAAGUGAUGGAAAUGUACGUAUAUGGAAAAAUUUUACUCAAAAGGGAGGACAAAAACUUGUAACUGCUUUCUCAUCAGUUCAGGGUCAUCGAGCUGCUGGUCGCAGUAUUGUGAUCGAUUGGCAGCAGCAAUCUGGUUGCCUGUAUGCAUCUGGUGACAUGUCUUCCAUCUUGGUAUGGGAUCUUGACAAGGAACAACUUCUCAGCACCAUUCAGUCAUCUGGUGACAGUGCGAUUUCUGCCCUCUCUGCAUCUCAGGUCCGCUCUGGACACUUUGCUGCUGGUUUUGCUGAUGGUUCUGUCAGGAUAUUUGAUGUUCGCUCUCCUGAUAGACUGAUCUAUAUGGCAAGGCCACAUGCCCCAAGAACGGAAAAGGUUGUGGGCAUAGGGUUUCAGCCUGGGUUUGAUCCAUACAAGAUUGUAAGUGCAUCUCAAGCUGGAGACAUUCAGUUUCUGGAUGUUAGAAGAGCAGCAGAACCCUACCUGACUAUUGAGGCACACAGGGGUUCACUUACUGCUUUAGCUGUUCAUCGGCAUGCCCCAGUUGUUGCUAGUGGCUCAGCCAAGCAGAUGAUUAAAGUGUUCAGUCUUGAAGGAGAGCAGUUGACGAUAAUUCGCUACCAGCCAUCAUUUAUGGGCCAAAGAAUAGGCAGUGUAAACUGCCUUUCUUUCCACCCGUACAAAUCACUCUUGGCCGCUGGUGCUGGUGAUAAUGCUCUUGUCUUUAUCUAUGCCGAGGAAAAUUACAAGUAAGAUGAGAUCUACAUCCCUUGACAUGCAUCAACAAUGCAACCGAAGGCCUUAUCAUUUUGGCUAAGGCGAUGUGUCCACACCAAGGUCCAGCUACAAGAUCCAAGAUGAUGUGAAGCCUGUUCACCGGCAACAUGGUGGGUAUAUGACCGGGGCUCUCGGUUCAUAUUGCCUGUCGGGCGACAUGUGCAGUUUGUAAGAUACAGCAAAGCCAAGAUUCAUUAGCCUCCUUGCAGAAGGUUUGUGAACCCCUACCCUGGUCCUGUCAUUGAACUUGGAGGCUCCCCCCAAAUAAAUUAAUCAUACCUAGGUUAACCGAAAUGUAAAUAGUCACCUCAUUCGGGUUGUACCUUUGCUUUUACCAACUGUAAAAAGGUUUGGAGAUGGUUGACACCAUAAAUCAGGUGUGGUAGGGGCAGCUGCUGCUGCUGCUGCCUGGGCUAGUGGGGUUGUGCAUAGGGGCCCAAGUGGAAGAAAUAGAAUGCAUGCCCAUGUCUCGUGUAUUCACAGAUGGAUGUUGUUGAAUAGAUAGAUGCAUUUGUCCAGCUAAUAUAGCACUAGAUGGGGUUUAGCAUGGCUUGAAUGAAUGGAUCCAUGCCCUUGAGCCACCUGCAUUGUAAGCAAUGGACAGAUUGCCCAUUUGUAAAUACGAAUCGUGUUUGUACAGUUGUCAGGUCUUGUGCCAGUGUAAUGUGUGCGAAGAUGUGUUUUCCUUGGGUGUAGUUUUAUUGAAUCCUCAAGUGAAAGGAAGCAUGAGCGUCAUCUUUGUGUUUAA